GAGAGAGGGGGAGAAAGAAAGAGAGAAAGAAAGAAAGAUUGAGAAAGGGAGAGUAUGAGAGGAGCGUCGCACUCGCGCUCUACUGAGAGAAAUCGGGGGAACAACCCCGGCAGGCGGAUCUUCUCGUGAAUCACCCGAGGGUGUAGAGCGUGAGCUGUCGGUUUCUUGACCCGAUCUCGAUUCCACGCGCGCGAAAGAGACUAUCGCCAUCGCGUUCAUCAUUCUACACUUCGGCCCUGUUCGUCGCACCCAAGCGGAAUUAAUCGCGCGUGCGGUGACCGCCUCCGUGUUCUGCCCCGUUCUCGUCGCUCUCAUUGCGGACGCGCACAUCGUCGACGCGACGCGGCGACGACGACUACGACGACGACGCGCGCCGCUGCUCACUCGGCCGCGCGCCCGGAACAAGUGCAAUGGAGACGACGAAGGGCAGCAAGGACAAGACGAAGAACGGCAGUAAAGACACCGAGACCGGUGAUGAGGCGAACAAGGUGACCGGGGGGCCGCCGGUGGGCAAUGCACCGCCUCCACCUACGCUCAUCAAUAAAAUCAAGUAUCAGCCAGGCGGGCCCGUGAUCAAGAAGGACAAACGGCAAAGCAGCUCGAGGUUCAAUAUAUCAAAGAAUCGAGAGCUGCAGAAGCUGCCACUGUUGACCGAAACACAACAGGGCAAUGAGCGGGAGGAACUUUUCAUACAGAAGCUGCGGCAAUGCUGUGUGCUCUUUGACUUCGAGUCCGAUCCCCUAUCGGAUUUGAAAUGGAAGGAAGUGAAACGGACCGCUCUCCACGAGAUGGUCGAGUAUGUAACCAAAAAUAAAAACGUUAUUACCGAAACGAUUUAUCCUGAAGCAGUGAAUAUGUUCGCCGUAAAUUUAUUCCGAACGUUACCGCCAUCGUCGAAUCCCAAUGGCGCCGAGUUCGAUCCCGAAGAGGACGAGCCGACGUUAGAGGCAGCAUGGCCUCAUUUACAGCUCGUCUACGAGUUCUUCUUGCGACUGCUGGAAUCGCAGGACUUUCAACCGUCCAUAGCGAAGCGCUACAUAGACCAAAAGUUUGUGCUGCAGCUGUUGGAACUGUUCGACUCGGAGGAUCCGCGAGAGAGGGACUUCCUCAAGACGACUCUGCAUAGAAUCUAUGGAAAAUUUCUGGGGCUUAGAGCGUACAUUAGGAAACAGAUAAACAACGUUUUUUAUCGAUUCAUAUACGAAACGGAACAUCACAACGGUAUUGCCGAGUUACUCGAGAUUUUAGGAAGUAUUAUUAACGGCUUCGCCCUGCCAUUGAAGGAAGAGCACAAGGUAUUCUUGUUGAAAGUUCUGUUACCCUUGCAUAAAGCUAAGUCAUUGUCCGUAUACCAUCCGCAACUGGCGUACUGUGUCGUCCAAUUUCUGGAGAAGGACCCGUCGUUGACGGAGCCUGUGAUCAGGAACCUAUUGAAAUUCUGGCCAAAAACACAUUCCCCGAAGGAAGUCAUGUUCUUGAACGAGCUCGAGGAGAUAUUGGAUGUUAUUGAGCCGGCCGAAUUCCAAAAAGUCAUGGAUCCGUUGUUCAGGCAGCUAGCCAAAUGCGUGUCGUCGCCGCAUUUCCAAGUGGCGGAAAGAGCUCUCUAUUAUUGGAACAACGAGUACAUAAUGUCUCUGAUAUCGGACAAUUACGCGGUCAUCUUACCGAUCAUGUAUCCAGCUUUCUAUAGAAACUCCCGCAAUCACUGGAACAAGACGAUACACGGUCUGAUCUACAACGCCCUGAAACUAUUCAUGGAGAUGAAUCAAAAAGUAUUCGACGAAUGUACUACGCAUUACUAUCACGAACGUCAGAGAGAGCGGAAGCUCAUGAAAGAUCGGGACGAGGCAUGGAUGCGCGUGGAGGCGCUUGCGAUGAGACACCCGAAUUAUAACUUGUCUAAUAAAGGCACAACGAACAAUUCGUACAUUUCGCCACAGCACAUAGACAAUUCGCCGCCUGACGAGGACGGCGACACGGAUCAAUCUCCGCUCACUUUGGAGAAGAUCGAAGCUAAGGCUAACGAGGCGAAGAAAAUGACAAAUGUGAACAAAGUGAAACCGCUUUUACGAAGGAAGAGUGAUUUACCGCAGGACUCGUACACGAUGCGAGCGUUGUCCGACCACAAACGCGCUGAUGAAUAUCUUGUCACGCCGCCAGAUCCUAACAAUUGCUAGUCUCUACCGCAUCCCCUUCCCAUGUAUCCUUUAUUUUGCUGCAGCAACAUCGGGAGUUAGCUUUCUUUUCGGGAGGGAGAAACGGCGAUAACGCGAAUGAACAAACGAAUAAUUCGGCUGUCAUCUCGAUUGUGCAACAUUAAUAAUACCGUUAUUGUUAUCGCAACAUGCAUCAUAUUGUAAUUUUCUUUUAAUUGAGAGGGGAAGAGAGAAAUAGGGAAACCUCCGUGUAUGCUGUGCGUUCUCUCUCGUCGUGUUUACAUACGAUUUAAAGAAACGGUGUAUAGGUAUCGUAGGAGCUAACGGUGAUGGCUACUCGUUCGUUAUAGAUGUCUGGUAUUUAUUUGUUCAUUCAUUGUGAGAACGAAAAUUACAGCUGACAGGAGACAUUAUCGCAAUCACGCGUCCCGCUGUGAGACAACGUGAUGAGGCGCGUACACAGUAAGCGAAAAAGGUCCUAAAUACUUCACUCGUAGAAUCUCCACCGUUGGUUGACACUCGGGGGUGCGCGCGCGCGUUACAUCUUUCUGCUCUACAUCUCUCAUAUAAGAUAAUACAUGAAUAAUGUACGUAAACAAUACUGCAGAUAUCGCGAUUGUAACGGAUUUGGAAAAUUCUACAAGAGAGAGAAAAAAGAAAUAUAUAUAUAUAUAUACAUGGGGAGGUUUAAUCGCGCGGGAAAUGUGAUCGAAAUUGUAAGACCGUAUUGUAAAUGCUCGAUGUUGUAACCCACUAUUGUGCUAUGCGAGCUUGUCGUGUUAAUACCUCUGCGAAUGACGUUCCCGUUUAUGUGCAAAAUGAUAUAUAAUAAAUGAUGUAUAAUAAAUAAUAUACGUACUUGCUUUAACACUACAGGCUCGUUGUAGUAAGAAAGGAGAGGAGGGUAAGAGGGAGGGGGAGAAAGAAAGAGAAAGAGCAAAUAACGAGAUAACGAGAGAGAAAGAGACAGAGAUGCGAGGAGUAAAAAAAGAAAGAGAAAGAAUAAACGCCGAUGUGCGUUAUCUUAGGAUGUAUAUGAUAGUGCUAUUUUAAAGAUAAUAGAUUGCUAUGAAAAAAAAAAUAUCUGGAUACUUCUGAGUGUAUUACUUUUAUAUCUGUUGUGCCUAGAUGCCUGUGGAAUGCAUUCACGAUAUAAUAAAUUGAAAGAAAAAAAAAAAAAGAGGAAUAUACGUCUCCGCACACGCGGGGCCUAUUACGAAUAGGAAAGAUUAAACAGCGAGUUUACAUGUCGCUUUGCCAAAUGUAAUCAAUAUUACAGAAUUUCAGUAAUGCUUGCAUGACACGUUGCGUUGUUAACUCAUUGAUCUUGAGGUUGAAUUGAAAGAUUAUACUGUUGCGGCCAAGAGUUUAUCGAGUGAGAAACGGAACUUUCAAACAGUGACUGAAAGAAAGGGAGAGGGGGAGAGAGAGAGAGAGAGAGAGAGAGAGAGAAUGGGUGAGAGAGAGAGAGAGAGAGAGAGAGAGAGAGAGAGAGAGAGAGAGAGAGAGAGAGAGAGAGAGAUGAGAGCGAAAAUUAAGAUUGAGAUGCACUUUAGAUCCUUGCGCUGUUGGCAGACUGUUACGUUAAAUACUGUCGAGGAUACCUUGUUGAAAAUACAUAUGAUAAGCACUUAUAUUAAAGAAAAAAAGAUUAGAAAUUAAAGCUACGAAGAUAGAUAUAAAGAUUAUUUACUUAUUAAUUAUUCCUUCAUGAAUGAGGAAUGGCCAUCUCAAUUAAUUGAUCAUUGAUUAGUGGUAUAAAUAUUACGAUUUAUUAGUUAUUGUAUCAUUUUCAUUAUAGUAACCAGACGAGUAUAAUGUGACAAAGAAAAACCAUAGAAAAUAAUAGUGAUUCUGUAGUUAGCUAGUUGUACAUGCGGCAUGCCUUGAAUAGUUUAAUCCGAAAAAAUGCCUGCGUUUUCUCCAAAUUAGAUCGAUAAUAAUGAUAAUAAUAAUAAUAAUAAUAAUAAAAUCGCGUGUUUCCUUGAGAUAAACGUUCGUACGUCGGAGGAUGCGGGAAGGAAUGAUGCGGGAUGCACAGACCAGCAUAAUGAUCUUAACAUAUAAAGUUAUAUCCUUCUAGAGGGCAAACACAUCUCAUAUGGGCAACUCUAAAACGAUAUAACUUCAUAAUGUUAAUCGGCUGUUAUGCUGAUCUUCGUGUAUAUGAGAAAGUUUUCUUACUAUUGUACGCCGCAUGCAGCAACUCCAAACAUAAAAAUAUAAAAAUAAAAGAAGACAUCGAAUCAGAUAGUCACCGCGAAUGUGAAUGUGUGCGUCUGCAGAAGCUUAAGUCAAGCCGUAGAGAAUCGAGAACAAGUUUGAUUAAACAUAAUAAUAGUAAUAAUAACAUUAACGAUAAUGGUAACGAUAAUAACAGUAAUAAUAAUAAUAAUAAUAAUAAUAAUAAUAAUAUAACGCAGUAAAGAAGAUAUGCCGGUCAUUUCAUAUGUAAUAAAGACACGUUAAAUCUUGCAUGUAUCGUGGGAGUUUUUUCGUAAUACGUAAUAUACUGCGUGUAAAGCAUAGCAAAGCUGUCUUAUUCGUGUAUUUUUUUAAGAGGAAAAUCUUAACGAGAAUGGAAAUCGCUGUGUGUUACGCGCGAUAUCCCGAGAUCAGUUCGGAUUAUUCCCAGUGGAGAUGCCGCAAGGAUGAACACAGAAGUGAAAAGGGAAAAAGAGAGCGAGCGGAAAACUGACAUCGGUUUCAAUUCUCGAAUCUACAUCGCCGGGAAUCAGAGUCGAGAGAAUAUCUCGCCCAUCGUCGUACGCGAAAUUGUAAAAUUCUGCAGGAGGAAGAGGGGGGGGGAGUUAUUUGAGAAUCCUCGACCAGAUAGAACUCUACGCUUUUUUCAAUCCACGAGUGUCCGGCAAGGGGAGACCUCGUCGAGCAGAGCUUGUAAUUUCAUGUACCUGUACAUACCAUGUAAAUAAUACAAUUAAUUUUUCCAUGUAUUCCUCUUUGCUUGAGUUCCAGAGGUGUGCUCGUGUAAAUCUUUUCUCAUCGACAUACAAAAUAAUCGAGAAUUACAGAAAAGUACUAUGUUCGACUAUUCAGAGAUGCAUCUUUUUUUCUGUGUGGGAACACAUCUCGAUUUUAUUUCGUACAAUUCGAUUCUUUUUCUUUCAACUUAUCUUCUACUAAUUACACAGUUCGUCAAGAUCGAGCGAGGAUUUCGUAACAUUAUCUGUAUCGUCUGUAUCUGUAUAUGUAGGCAAUGUUUACUCGAGUCACACACACUUGGCGAGUUUGCAGUAUACCGUACGUGUGUAAUCACUCUUGCGGCAUGUGCGCGCGCGCGUGUAUACAUGUAGAAUUGUCAAAAGAUCCGCCGCAUUUUGUAAAGCAUGUCACAAAGUCUGUGUCGCGAUUAUUACAUAAAAGACAGACGGUUGAGAAAAGAAGAGUAACAGAGUAACAGUGUGAAGUAUCCAGAGUAUCGCAUAGAUGUAAAAUUUCUACGGAUAAUUUUGCUUAUAAGGGCAUCUCAGUUAUAACACAAAACCCCCUAUGUGUGUGAUAUUUAAUUUAUGUCGGUUUAAAUUAUCGCGUAUUAUUCAUCGUUAUUAUGAAGCGCAUCGAAUCCGCGAGGAGAAGAUGGUGGAUGAUCCGCUAUGUCCAAACACGGAAUUCCAUGGAUCGUUUUCCGAGUAAUUUCGUUAUUAUUCAAUAUUCGGUCGUGUUGAAAGCCAUUCAAACGACUGACGAUAUUUCAUACGUACACGUAUAUUCUGCAAUUUGUUAAAGACAUAGUUUUACAGCAAAUAAAGAACUAUUAGAAGACUA